GAGGCGAAGUGUUACAUCCAGAAGGAAUAGGGUGGACAGCCAACUGCUCUUCAUUCUUGGCGUAAUUUCGUCUUUACCUUGCUAAAGGAUGAAUCCAUCAAAAGAAAGAAAUUGUACAGGGCUGUAGCAGACCUUGCCUGUCAAUUGCGGACAAAACGGAUCACCAGUGAACAAGAUGACCUUUCCAAAUUUGACUGUCUCUGCAAACUACAGCUCAGGAGAAGAAAACAUCUACAGACCUUUUUCUGUAUUCAGUGUCCUGAUAUUGACGUUGCUGGCAAUGCUUGUGAUAGCGACCUUCGUGUGGAAUGUGCUGGUACUCGUGACCAUUCUCAGGGUAAGAACCUUCCACCGUGUGCCCCACAACCUUGUUGCUUCGAUGGCCAUCUCCGAUGUCAUGGUAGCCGGACUUGUGAUGCCUCUCAGUUUGGUUCACGAGCUGAAUGGUAGGCAGUGGAAACUUGGAAGGAUCCUCUGCCAUGUGUGGAUUUCAUUCGAUGUCCUCUGCUGCACAGCAAGCAUCUGGAAUGUUACAGCUAUUGCUUUGGACCGGUACUGGUCUAUCACAAGACAUUUAGAAUACACUCUGAAGACAAGGAAGAGGAUCUCCAACAUCAUGAUCCUCCUGACCUGGGUCCUGUCGGCGGUGAUUUCACUCUCUCCUCUCUUUGGCUGGGGAGAGACCUACUCAGAAGAGCGAAAGGAAUGUCAAGUCAGCCAAGAGCCCUCUUACACCAUCUUCUCGACCUUUGGAGCCUUCUAUCUGCCCCUUUGUGUGGUCCUGUUCGUUUAUUGGAAGAUUUAUAAAGCCGCCAAAUUUCGCAUUGGGUCCCGGAAAACAAAUACCAUUACGCCGAUGGCUGAAGUUGUGGAGGUAAAAGAGGCUUCCCAUCAACCACAGAUGGUGUUCACAGUUCGCCACGCAACAGUUACUUUCCAGACCGAAGGCGAUACUUGGAGAGAACAGAAGGAAAAGAAAGCUGCCCUGAUGGUUGGGAUUCUUAUUGGCGUCUUUGUUCUUUGCUGGAUUCCUUUCUUCAUCACAGAGCUCAUUAACCCUCUGUGCUCUUGUGACAUCCCUCCCAUCUGGAAGAGCAUUUUCCUGUGGCUCGGCUACUCCAACUCCUUUUUUAAUCCGCUUAUAUACACAGCUUUCAACAAAAACUACAACAAUGCCUUUAGAAAUCUCUUCUCUCGACAGCGCUAAGAGCUCCAGACUUUCUGCGUUUCUAGUGUAAGGAUCGUAAUAACUAGCACUGUUAUUGUGAAAUGUAAUGAUCUGCGUUUCCUUGGAAUGUUAUGGCCAAAUGAUUUACUGUAUUGUCUCCCUCUGUCAGUGUAAAGUGUAUCUGUGGCCCGUUAGGGUCAUUAGGUUACUGUUUGUACUGAAGCACAAAGAAAACACAACACUCAGGUAGUAAUAGGUAGUCAAAUAUUUAAAAAAUGGAUAUCAAAAUAAUAAACUGAAUAAAAAUACAAAGAAAUAUAAUUGUUCAGUACGAAAUGUGACACGGUCAAAAUUAACAUCUUUAAAAAAAUUAAAAAUAACUGCAUGUAUGACCUUAAAUGAGCAUUAAGCAAUCUUAGAAGCACUGAUGCAUAGAGUUUAUAAGCUUCUAGGCAGACCAAUGUGGGAUGUUUUACCUCUCAGCCAGAUGGCGAAGGCUAGCUGUUCAUAGUUGUCUCUUCUUGUUGGUAUUUUAAAAAUUGUUCACAGCAAGACAUCCACAUUGUCACGCUACUAUAAUCCUAGCGCUGUUCUGCUGGAAUAUGUACACUCCCAUACUGCCUUUCAGGAAUGGAAAGCUUCAGAACUUAUUUGAUGUAUUUUCUGAGCAUUAACAUGACUCUCUUUCCAUACCGAGUGUUGUCUUGUGUUGAAGGAGAUUCCUCUUCACCGCAUCACACUUCCUAGUUGAUUUUAAUGAUGCCAGAGUCAGAAUAGAGCUCAUCACAAUCUCCACAAAUAUCCAAUAUCUCCCCCCCCCAAAAAAAUAUUUUUUAUUCUUGAGGUCUUGUCAAAAAUAAAACAGCACUCCUCAGUGAAUGAGGUUAUUCAGCAUUCCUUCUGCAACCACCUCAGGCUCACAGGAGUGACUGAUUUAAUGUCUUAGCUAUGAGCAGUACUGCUUAAGGGCCUCAGAAUGUGCAGAUCUCUUUUCUGCUGACUCAAGGGUUAUUUCCCAUGCUGUAAUCACUUUGAAAACAAUCGUGCAAGUGGAGCAGACGUAUGCAACUCCGGCCCUCUGAUUUCGAGGACCUGUCCCUCACAGUCCGAAGUGAGAGGUCUACUAAAUGUUGAAGAGAGACAUCUCAUUUUCUCCAAGACAGAUUUUUCUGAAUUGAAAUUUGUACACAUCCUAAAAUCACUGUACAUUUUGGAGAUUUAAACUCCACACACUGAUUACCUGGUAAUUUGAUUAAAUCACAUGACUUGAGGUCAGGAUUUUGUUAGCCUUCGGAACACUACAACUCAAAUAAUCAAGAAUCUUCACUAAAGCCUAUUUACAAUGUACUGUAAAUAGCAUUAUAUCUGCACCCAAUGAGCUAUCGAUGUGCUUUAUAAAACUGGGUUGUUGUGUUUUUAUUGUGCGUCAGUAUAGAAAUAUCACAAUGGGAUUGUAUUACUGGGACAGGAUUAUGGUACUUCUCUUGGGAUUCUGUGUACCUGGCUGGAACAGAUGUGGUGUUUGAAGUUACUCCUUAAUCAGAACCACAACUCAUAAUAAUAGGGGACCGCAAACACUUUCAUCCUUAAUUGCCACAGCUGAUAACUAAACAACACAGCAACACAAAUUUGCAGAAGAAACCGAGUUGAUAUUGCUGAGUUGCUCAUUUGCAGAAUUAAAGAAACAAAACUUUGCUUUGUUUUUAAUUUAAAAACCACUGCUAAAAUGAGCCAUUUAGAAACAUUAACUAGUCACAGGCCUUGAAUAAUUGGAACAUAGCCUGCAUCCAAAAGUAUUAUUAUAAUUAUCUGCUGCUCUGUUGUUACAACAUGUUUCUUAUCAGUUCAGUGGCAGCUGUGAACAUCUGGACCAUCUCCGUCUGGAACUGGAUUCAGGAAGAGUACAGAACUUCAAAAAGGAGCAUUAUUUUCUGUACUUCGGGCAUAGUGCAUUUGCUGCAAUAAUUGUAAUUGAUUCAGGUCAUUCUAAUGACAGUUUGCUAAUGAAAACAGAAAAGAAGACAAUUUUCUUCUUGACCAAAACUUGAAAGCAAUAUCACCCUUGAUAUAUUUCUUAAUUUUCAGUUCUUUAUUUUUAAACAAGAUUGGAUUUCCUAUUGAAGUUUAAUUUCUUAGAAAAAUCAACUACUGUUUUUACAUAUACAGUAUUUGUUGUCUUUAGAAACAACAAAUUAUCAGCAUAAAGUCCUUUGUGCAAAUUAAUUUGAUCUUUAUAAGAUGAAAAGUGUAUAAUUGGACUAAUGUGAAUAUUAAUGUAUGACAGAUAACUUUAACUAGGAAGCCAAUUUCUUUAUUUGCCACAAUGACCGCCAGUGUGCAAUCCUACCUUGGUUUUGAGAAACUGUUUCCUCAGCUUUUAUCAAUUAUUCGGAAAGAUUUCAAGCCCAGUUUGUUAAAAUAUAUUUAGAAUUGGUUUUGCACACUUGCAGAACAGAUUCUUCAAAGAAAUUUGGAACAACAGUUCUUUUGUGUGUCCUGUUUCACUCAAUGACUUAUCUCUGCAACCCUUGUUUAAUCUUGACUGUCUUGGUCCCACCAGAGGAAGCUCUGUUUUAAUUAUUUUCUCGUCUGUCCAGGUUAGGAGCUAGCUUCCUAACACCUAAGAAGUACACAAAAAUCUCAUCUCAUUUAAAUGUGCCCUUGUAUUCACCUAAGGAAAAUGUAAGACUCAAAUCCACUAAGGACUUGGAUAUAUAUAAGUUAUACAGAGCAGACAUCAAUACAGAACACUAAUGGAAUCCGACACAUUGAAUGUGUUAUGAGGCAAAAUAUGACUAACUCAUAAUAUUAGGAAGUAUACAAUUAAGAAUCUGACGAAUGCCGAUAGCUGGCUGAGAACUAGUAGUGCUCACCUAAUGUUCUGUUGGUGAGGCGAGAUGAUCUACAGUAUAUCAAGAUGUUGUCUGGGAAGUAAAACAAAGGACAAUCAAGGAGCUUUUGAACUACUUGAUUUUGUUCCUCGAUAUUCAUCCUCAGCAAUAAUAAUAAUAGUUAAAAUGUAUUCUUAGGUGGGAGAAAAAAUAAAUAAGAACAGUUUGAAUAUUUCAAAUGAAACCAUUGGUAUUUGUCAAAAACCUUGGCAUAGAAAUAGCCAGACUGUGAUUUAUAAAAUAACACAUAAAAAUAAAUCA